GAGAGAGAGAGAGAGAGAGUCAGAAUCGUCAAGGAUGCGGCACAACGUCAUUGUCCACCUGUACUGCCUCAUACGGGAUCUGUAUGCCGAGCAUGGCGAUCCCCGAGUGGCCCACAUGCCACUGGUCGGCAAUCUGUGGAUUGUCCUCGCCUUUGUGGGGCUCUACCUCGCCUUUGUGCUCCACUAUGGCCCCAAAUGGAUGGAGCACCGCAAACCUUUCGAGCUGAAGACCGUCAUGCAGGUGUACAAUGUCGUGCAGGUGGUGGCCAACUCCAUUAUCUUCCUGUACGGACUGACGUACACCUACCUGCGGCCGGGCUUCAGCUGGACCUGUCAGCCCGUGGACCACUCGGACACCUCGCCCCGCAUGAUGCACGUGCUGUAUGCCUCCUAUGGCUAUUAUAUGCUCAAGUACUUGGAUCUCCUCGACACGGUGUUUAUUAUUCUGCGCAAGAAGAACUCGCAGGUGAGCUUCCUGCAUGUGUACCAUCACGGCGGCAUGGUGUUUGGCGUCUCGAUAUACAUGACCUUCCUGGGCGGCUCCCACUGCACCAUGCUGGGCAUCAUCAAUCUGCUGGUGCACAGCGUCAUGUAUGCCUACUACUACGCCGCCUCCGUGUGCGCCCUGCAGCACAUACUCUGGUGGAAGCAGCGCAUCACCCAGCUGCAGCUGCUCCAAUUCGGUUACCUCACCCUCCACUUUCUGCUGGUGAUCGUGCGCAAUCCCUGCCACUUUCCCUCGUUCAUUGCGUUCAUUGGCUUCAUACAGAACAUCUUUAUGUUCUCCAUGUUCCUUGAUUUCUACUACAAGUCAUACAUCAGGAAGGAAAGAAAAGUGCAGCAGCAAAGGGAGAAUUCCAAGCUGAAGACAGCAGAGUCCGGGCUAAAGCUCAGCUGAGCUGUUGUCCGCUCGUGUGCCACCCUCCCCCAUUUGCAUGUUUUACAUAUAUUUUUUGUGCCAUAGGCUAGUCGCUUAUGCAAAUAUUCCCGCGAUAUAAAUAAACAUUCGAAUUGCUACCUC